AUGCGGCGGAUAUCUCCUCGUAUCCCAAGAGGAUCGUUUCCCGAAAGGGAAAUUUGUGUAAUCGAGCAGUGGUUUAGUGGUUUAGUGGCUCAACGAUCUUCAGAAGCAACAUUAGCUACCUCAUUUGCAGCCAUUCAACUUAAAAAGUUUGAACUGGAAUUUUCUGUCGAUCCAUUAUUUAAGAAGGCAUCUGCAGACUUCGAUGAGGGUGGGGCCAAAGGACUAUUGCUUAACCACCUAGCAAUUGAUGCACAAGGUCGCAUUGUGUUUGAUAGCAGUGACGAUGCCGGCGAUGCAUCUGGUGAAGGGUCUGCGACUCGUCGCAAGGAUGAUGUGGCCCAGGAAGAAGAGUCUGAGCUGGACUCUAUGCUGAGUUCCAAGAGUGAAGAGCAAGAGGAAGAGGAGGAUGUUGAAAUUGAUGUGGGAGCGCUCGGGGCUAGGUUCUUUCCAAAUCUUGACCGGUUAGAUGAACAGGAUAUCUGUCCAUCAUUGAAGAAUUUCGACUUGGGUGAUUCAUCUGGAUCUAUGGAUAUUCCUUUUUUGAAGGCACCAGAAGACUGGCGACAGGAGAAAGAUAAGAAUGCCGAAAACGAAUUACCGACGGUUGGCGACAGAACUGGAAUCUUCCUGGAUGACGAUAAUCCUGUUGGGUUUGACGAUGAUGAUGACGGAUUGUUGGGGACAUUUGAUCUUCCACCAGAUACCGGCUUUGGCGAAGGGGGUGAAGCGUGGGCUCGCGAUGCUGCUAUCGAGACUAGAAUGCGAGUCCAUGAUAUCGGCCUCGACAAUGACGGAAUGGGAGGGGGUGAUGGAGAAGAUGCGGAUGGAAUGACUCCUGGUAAUUUCGAUCCAGAAACCGGAGAGUACGUCAUAUCAAUGGACAGAGGUGGAAAGACCCAAGGUACGCACGAUGAUAUCUUAAGUUAUUUCGACGAGGCGUUACAGAAGAAUUGGGCUGGUCCUGAGCAUUGGCGAAUCCGCAAAAUCAAGGAUGUCAACAAACCUGCUGCCACGAAAGUACGGAAAGAGAAGGAACUAUUCGAAAUCGAUUUCGCGUCACCACUCAAUCGAAGUAUUGCAGAAACGAUCUAUACCCCGGCUACAUCCAAUACCGUCAUAUCACUCCCCAAGAAGGACUGGAAAUCCAAAACCAAAAACUUGUUGCCAGAUGACAAGCACUUUAAUUCUAAGCAACUUCUACGACUAUUCUUAAAACCUAAAGCACGGAUGGGAAGCAGAAGAUCCGCCUUCGGUUCAAAACCCAGUGGGUUUGGUCAGGCGAAGGAAGAAGAAAUACCAGCAGGAGAAAUGGACGAAGCUUUCUGGGCCAAUAAGGAAGGACCUGUUACUGGCGAUGAUGAUGUUGCUCCACAAGGUGAUUACGAUGCAAACUUCUUCCAGGAUGAUGGUCUGCCUAUGGCCGGCGGUAUUGAUGACGACGACGACAUGGAGUUCGCUGAUGCUCGGGAUCACUUCUCUCCUGGCGCAGAAGAGAGAGGAGAGGGUGGUAUGGACGGGCUCAACAAUAUCUUGAAUGGCGGUAUGACCCAGGCAACAGAUGGAGAGGGUGCAUUUGGUACCCAACUCGUUACACAGAGUCGAAGAUUAAGGCCGGAGUACGUUCAGUAUGCGCGGGUGGCAAAGAAAGUUGAUGUCAGGCGUCUCAAAGAAGAACUGUGGAAGGGGAUGGGUAUCGAGGACCUCAUCGACGAUAUACCUGCGAAGACUCCUGGCAGAGCGUCAAUGGCGCCGGAGCCCAAGAAGGGAGAGGAUGGAAGUUUGAAAUUUACCUCUGUCAUGCAGAAUCUCCAGAGCGUUUACCCCAAGCAGGCCAUGGACGACAUCUCGACAAGUUAUUGCUUCAUCUGCCUGCUGCACUUGGCCAACGAGAAAGGCCUGGUGAUUGAGAAACAGGAAGGGUUGAUGGAACUGGACAUCAGAAAAGACCCAACGGCGGAGAUCACGGUCGGCGGUUAG